AUGGAAGAUAUUUUAGCUAUCCAACAGCAGUUGGUGGACGCAGUGGAUAAGCUUUAUAUCAACUUUAAGAAGGAUGGAGCGGAGCGAAAGACUCCCGAUUAUAUACGUCGUCGUUUAGAAACGUUAGAACAAUAUUUUACAGAUAUUCAUAAUAACCAUAUGACACUUUUAUCUUUUAGUGAUCAGUCUCAUGAAUAUUUUACUUUUAAUAAAUACGAGCAGAUUAAGAAAAAAUAUGGUAAUAUUAAGACAACUUUAAUAAAUUAUAAGCCUUUGGCAAGCAUUACAAAAUCCCCUGAAUUACAACCUCCAACGUUUCAAGCCCCGUCUACCUCUAACGCAUCGACCUCCAAUGAAUCUCAGGAAAUAUCUCUCAAAAAUAACUCUAAUAUGAGUAAAACAGAAGAGCUCAUGAGAAAACAAACUACAAAUUUUAAAGCUUUUCUGAGAACUGCCAAGAGUAUAGAACUUGACCUUAUCUCGGAAAAGUGGGAGUUAGAAGACAUCCUAAAGACCUUGCAAGUCCGUUGGACUGCGAUUGAUAGCUUACAUUGGGAGUUGGACAAUGAACUUUGUGGUUCCAACCGAGAAUAUGAAGAGCAAUUUACAAAUUACGAAAAAUAUUACAUUAAAGUUAAGAAGGAUAUCAAUAAAAAGAUGUGGUCGGUAUCACACAUCGAGAAAACAACGCCUAAAAUGGAGUUACCAACCUUCGAGGGAAAUUAUAACCAAUGGGUUUCCUUCAAAGAUCUCUUUACGGAAACUAUUCAUAGUAACCCAUCUCUUUCAAAUGCGCAGAAAUUACAAUUUCUCAAAAGUAAGGUUAAGGGUGAACCUGAGAAGUUGAUUCAACAUCUCCAGGUAAGCUCAGAUAAUUAUCUCAUUAGCUGGAAUAUUCUCAGUCAUCGCUAUGAUAAUAAGCGUCUAAUCUUUACAUCUCACCUUAACAAUCUCUUAAAUAUUCCUAAUAUUCAAUACCAGUCGUAUAAUCAUAUCAAACGCAUUCACGAUGUUACAAACGAGAGUAUAAAUGCGAUAGAAAAUCUUGGAAUUAACGUUUCUUCCUGGGAUCCCUUCCUUGUAUGUAUAUUGUCUCAGAAGUUAGACGCAGACACGUACAAUGAAUAUAUACAGUCUUUGAAAUCGCCGAGAGAAUUACCCGUAUUACAAGAUUUUUUGCAGUUUUUAGAAACUAAGUUUACCCUAGAAACAUCACGGAAGAAACAAGAAAAUCAAACGCCAAAAGUAUCAUAUCAAAACUUCGAUCAAUAUAAACCUUCAAAAAACUUAAAUAAUAAUCAAUCAUCACCUGCGAAAAAUUUUUAA